AUGAUGAAGAAGCUUUUAUCAGACCUGCGCCCGGCGCUGCCUGCAGAAGCAGCAAACCUAGCGAGUAACAUUCAUCUUGUCAUUCUUAAGUAUCGGAAAACAGAAAUGUAUGUAAGUUGCGGAAUAAAACGAAGUCAGAACAAAACGAAGGGACAAGAAAACAAAAACAUGUGUGUGCCAAUCGAAGAAGUAGACCGGACGAGGUUCGGUCAAUUUCGACAACGAGAAAUUGAUGGGAUGGGAUGGGAAUUAGGUGGUGAUAUACAAGAAUCCACAGAUAUAGAUGACGGUAACGGAAGAUCGCGCAUGUGGAAGAGAUCUUCUAGUACGAUCAUAGCCGGUGCCGGACAGGCAGAGGAUCCUCCGUCAUAGAAAGACGUACUGCUCUCGUGAUUUCGAGGUCGUCGCUUCGUCAAAAAUGAGCCACUACUGCUAUUGCUGAAAUACGACGAUGUCAGAGGUCGCUUAUCUUUAUUUUCUUUCUGGCCAGUAGCGAAUUCAAACCAGAUACCUGUUUUUUGAUAUGUCAGUCUCGCCUCCUUUUUCUUUGCCUUUACUGCCCUGGCUUGCCGGCGGUUGUUUUCGCUUCGCCCUGGUAGUAAGUUAGUUGUUUUCAUCGACAUCGCAUCGGGUUGUAUAUUUCGCCCCGUUGCCGUUUCUGCCCGGGCAAUCGAAAAUAAAUGGGUGGCUUUACCAGACUGCUGUUGCAGUGGCAGGC